AUGAAGCAAGAUAAAGGUUUCACACGGAAUAGAUACGAACCGAAAAACCGUCCAAUGUUUACCUGCUAUUUCUGUGGAGUGGAUGGUCACGUAAAGAAGUUCUGUCCCAAACUUUUAAAGACGAACUCAGAUCAAGAUAGUAGAAGAAAGGCAAAUGUUCACAGAACUGUCGUGGACCCAGAACCGGUAACUAAGGAAACGGCAGUAGUGGCUAAAGUGAUGUCUCACAGACGACCUUCUCUUGAUAAAGGUCUUUGUAAUCUAGAAAAGAUACGUAUAAGUGUGAAUGGAAAGCCUGCAACAGCUUUAAUUGAUUCUGGCACUGAAAUAACUGUAGUCAGAAGAGAUAUAUUGACUGAUUUUCCUGUUGAAGAUAAGGCUUCAAUUUAUAUAAAAGGCAUUUUUGGUCCAGCAGAGAAAUGUUCUCUUGUCAAUAUUCCAAUGGGUGUCAUCGUUGGCAAAGACGGGAACAUGAUUCACCAAGAAGUGUUGUGUGCAGUUGCUCCUACUCUGGUGGAUGAUAUACUGUUGCCCCCAGAAAUAAGGGACAAGUUGCAGGGUGUUCAAGAAAAUUAUUUCGUUGAUAUUUCCGAAAAGAACUUGGAACCGAAGGCAAUUAAAGAUAGAGAAGUCGUCGAUGAAACAAGUGAUGACAACCCAGUCUUGGGAAGUGAAGAAAUAAGGGCAUUCUCUGUGGAAAAUUCAGAAAAGAAUGCUAAAGAACUAUCAAGGUCGGACGAAUUUCUUAAAGAUCAAAAAAAAGUUUUAGGGGAGUCCGUUGCUCAGCUAGUUUUUCCUAAGAAGCGUAGACUUGAAGUUCUAAAUUUAGCUCACUGUUCGGUAUUUGGAGGUCACAUGGGCGCAAGAAAAACUGCUGAAAGAAUAAGGUAUUCUUUUUACUGGCAGGGAAUAUCCAAAGAUGUCAGAGCUUUUUGUCAACAGUGCAAAGAGUGUCAGUUGACAAGGCGAAUAAAUCAAAAGGACAGAGUACCAAUUACUCCUGUGGCAAGACCAGAAUUGCCGUUCCAAGUGGUAAACAUCGACAUCAUUGGACCUAUAGAUCCGCCGAGUGCAAAAGGUCACAGAUAUAUAUUAUGUCUAGUUGAUCAACACACGAGAUGGGCUGAGGCAGUACCACUGACCAGUUUAACUGCCAAAGCUACAUGUGAAGCACUGUUAACCAUCUUCAUGCGGACAGGUGUGCCUAAUAUAAUAGCAUCAGACAAUGGGACUAAUUUCAAUGCUAGUUUGACACAAGAGUUUGAAAAAAGAAUGGGAUCCAGCCCAAGAUUUUCGGCACCAUUGCAUCCAGAGUCGAAUGGGCAGGUAGAAAGAUUUAAUCAGACCACGACCGGCGUAGCAUCUUUUCAGUUGUUAUAUGGACGAAAACCAGAAGGACCCUUAUCUAUUCUGAGGAACACUUGGGUGGCAGAUGAAGAGGGUUUGCCGUUGGAUACUACUCCAGUACCUCUUUACAUGAAAAAGCUUAAGAAGCAGUUAGAAAACGCAGCUGAGAAAGCAAAAUUGAUUUCAACAGUACAGCAAGAAAUAAUGGCUCGUUAUUACAAUUUGAGAUCUACGAAGAAAGUCUUUAAUCCAGGAGACAAGGUAAUUGUUCUAUUACCUGAUUCUAGAAACAAGCUUUUAGCUAGAUGGCAAGGUCCAUGUACCAUCGAAUCACGAAAGAAUGAACAUUCAUUUUUAGUGAAGAUGCCUGAUAGUAGUCUGAGGCAUGUGCAUCAAAAUAAAAUGAGAGAAUUUAUUGCUAGCUCCGGAAGUGUGAACGUCAUAUUUCAAGGCGAGGAGGAAUUUGGUGACAUCGAAAAUACUCCAUUGAAAGAAGGCUCCUUUUGGCAGGAAGUAAAAUCCGUAGCCUCACCUGACUUAUCAACUACGCAGCAAGCAGAAUUGGAGACAUUAUUAAAAGAAUUUGAACCCUUAUUCAAAAGACCAGUGCAACCAGUUGCAAUCGGGGAGCACGUGAUUGAACUUUUGCCCAAUAUUACUAGACGGAAAUCGCAUUCCUACAGUGUUCCAAUGUCUUAUAGAGCAGAGGUGGACAUACAAGUGAAAGAACUGUUGGACUUACACUUGAUUGAACCUUCGAAUGCAGACAUUACAUAUCCUAUAGUAUGUGUGGCAAAGAAGGACGCAUCCAUUCGAAUGUGUAUUGACUAUAGAGCCCUUAAUGCUGUAACAAAAAUUCCUAAUUACCCCAUGAAAGAUACACAAGAAUUAGUUUUUACUGCGGGGAUGGCUCAAUGGUGGGCAUUGGAUUUGCGACGAUGGAGUUACAAAAUUACUCAUCGUCCUGGAAUCUUAAACAAAGACGCUGAUGCUUUAUCUCGUCUACAAACUAAACAUUAG